AUGCACAGACGGAAUCAUUUGCGUGACAGUAGCGAUAGUAACAUGAUGAAAAGUAGCGAUGUAGGGAAUGGAGUCGAGGCCAUGGAUACGUUUAUGUGUUGA